AUGACGUCCUUGGCAUAUAUCCUUCCCUUGAUUUUCAUGGUUCUGAGCCGCAAUGGCAUCGAAGAAGUCAAAGGCGAAGAGGAAGGAGAGCAGUUGCUUCUUGCGCUGGAGUUCCUGUCAUUCCACUCCGCCUCAUUCACUGAUAACCGUCUUCCACGUGUUGAUGUCCUGCAUCACCUGCUGGCUGCCAUGCAGAAGUUUACCCAGCACUACAAGUUGAUCAAGGACACUCUCUUUGAUUUUUGUAGAUGCAUUUCGUCCAACAUCACCAAUGAGGAGCUUAAUGUUCUUCUACGAGGCACCAUCAUUCCAGAUACAUCCGUCCGAACCUCGGUGCUCCAGGUUAUCGAGUCUGAAAUUGAUCUGACUGACCUGGACUUCUCUGAGCACAUUUGGUUGGGCUGUCACGAUCAGGUGGAGGAGAACGUGGAAAUUGCUGAAAAUAUCUGGGAAGAGAAUGCCCUCGAGGUUGACGAGACUUCUUACGGGAAAAUCAUUCCAUAUCUCUCGUCCAAGGACUCCCAACUCCGAGGCGCUGCUGCCCGCGCCUUGGGCCAUGCAGUGGAGCUCAAUCCAUCCGUUUUCGGGGACAUUGUCCAGCAAUUACAGUCGAUGUAUGAGGAGGAAGUGAAGCCCAAACAGCCAGCGAAGGACAAGUACGGAAUGCCGCUCAAGGUGGAUACGACCGACCACUGGGAAUGCCGCAGUGGCAUUGCCCUCGCUUUUGGUGCGAUGACAAAUAGUUUCGAAGGCGAUCAGAUUGUUUCAUUCCUUCGGUUUCUGAUUGAAAGAGGCCCCUUGAUCGACAGAAACUCUGUGGUAAGGUCCCAAAUGGGUGACAGCGGCAGAUCUGUCGUCGCCUCGCGCGGCCAGCAGCGGGUUGAGGAGUUAAUGGAAAUACUGGAAACCACUCUGGAAACUUCAGACAAAGGCAGCGAGACAUCUGAUCUUCUCAAUGAAGCAGUGGUUGUUCUCUACGGUUCUCUGGCUCAGCAUCUCAAGUCGGACGAUCCGCGGUUGCAAACAGUCAUCAAGCGACUUCUGGCGACACUCCCGACCCCGUCGGAAACUGUACAAUCCGCCGUCUCCGGAUGCCUUCCGCCACUCAUUCGUCUCUGCGGGCCAAAGAGCGGAGAGUAUGUACAAGAGAUGCUGGAUCAACUGUUGAAGACGAAGAAUUAUGCUACCCAGCGUGGCGCAGCUUACGGUCUGGCUGGUAUCGUUCGUGGAAGGGGCAUCUUCACUCUGCGGGAGUACCAGGUCAUGUCUUACCUGAAGGACGCCACUGAGAAUAAGAAAGAGGCACAUCAGCGACUGGGUGCGCUGUUAGCGUUCGAGCUCUUCGCCACCAUCCUCGGGCGCACCUUUGAACCAUAUGUCAUUCAGAUCGUGCCGCAGCUCCUUGCCGGUUUCGGUGAUCCCAGCAUCGACGUUCGCGAUGCUUGCCUCGACGCAGCAAAGGCUUGUUUCUCCAAUCUCAGCUCCUAUGGUGUGAAGAAGAUACUCCCUACUCUCCUCGAUGGCCUUGACGACACGCAAUGGCGCAGUCAAAAGGGAGCCUGCGAUCUCCUUGGAGCAAUGGCUUAUCUCGACCCACAGCAAUUGGCAGCAAGCCUGCCCGACAUCAUCCCUCCACUCACCGUGGUGCUCAAUGAUACUCACAAGGAGGUGCGCAACGCCGCAAAUCGCAGUCUGCAGCGAUUCGGUGAGGUUAUCAGCAACCCCGAAGUGAAGGGCUUGGUCAACGUCCUUCUCAAGGCCCUGAGUGAUCCGACCAAAUACACAGAUGAAGCUCUGGAUGCACUUAUCAAGGUCUCUUUCGUCCAUUACUUGGACGCUCCCUCUUUGGCGCUUGUUGUCCGUAUCCUUGAGCGCGGUCUUGGCGACAGAUCAAAUACCAAGAGGAAGUCUGCACAGAUCAUUGGCAGCUUGGCUCACCUUACGGAGCGGAAGGAUCUUAUCUCUCACCUGCCCAUUAUCGUUUCUGGACUGCAGCUGGCCAUCGUUGAUCCAGUGCCUACUACUCGUGCCACCGCGUCCAAAGCUCUCGGCUCACUUAUCGAGAAGCUUGGAGAGGAUGCCCUACCCGAUCUCAUUCCCAACCUCAUGUCUACGCUCAAGUCGGAUACUGGCGCUGGCGAUCGUUUGGGAUCCGCACAGGCUCUCUCGGAGGUUCUGGCGGGUCUGGGAACGACCAGACUGGAAGAGACACUGCCAACAAUCUUGCAGAACGUCUCAAGCUCCAAGCCGGCUGUUCGGGAAGGCUUCAUGACGCUCUUUAUUUUCCUGCCUGCCUGCUUUGGAAACAGCUUUGCGCCAUAUCUUAGCAAGAUCAUUCCUCCCAUUCUCGCAGGAUUGGCAGAUGACAUCGACUCCAUUCGGGAGACGUCUCUCAAGGCUGGUCGUCUGCUGGUCAAGAACUUCUCUUCCAAGGCUAUCGACUUGCUUCUUCCUGAACUUGAACGCGGUCUUGCGGACGAUAGCUACCGUAUCAGAUUGAGCUCUGUUGAACUGGUGGGUGACCUCCUCUUCAGCAUCACGGGUAUCACAGCCAAGGCAGAUGCGGAGGAGGAAGAGGAAGAGGUUGCUCAAGCCGGACAGUCGUUGCUCGAGGUUCUCGGCGAGGAGAGGAGAAACAAGGUCCUGUCCGCUCUGUUCAUUUGUCGCUGCGAUACUUCUGGUCUUGUCAAGAGCGCGGCGAUGGCUGUUUGGAAGUCGCUUGUCGCUUCACCAAGAACGCUAAAGGAGAUGGUGCCUACUUUGUCGCAGUUUAUCAUUCGGCGCCUUGGUUCAUCAAAUAUGGAACACAAGGUUAUCGCCAGCAAUGCGCUUGGAGACCUUAUCAAGAAGGCUGGCGAGUCUGUGCUCGCUACUUUGCUGCCUUCUCUCGAGGAAGGCCUACGCACGUCACCUGAUGUGGAUGUCAAGCAAGGUAUCUGCAUUGCCCUGAGAGAGCUAAUUACCUCUGCGUCUCCUGAAGCCCUGGAAGACUACGAAAAGAUCCUCAUUUCGACCGUUCGGGUUGCCCUUGUCGAUAACGACGAAGACGUCCGUGAAGCGGCAGCAGAAGCCUUCGAUGCACUGCAGCAGAUUCUUGGCAAGAAGGCUGUUGAUCAGGUCUUGCCCCAUCUUCUGAUGCUUCUGAGAAACAACGAGGAUGCUGAGCAAGCACUGUCAGCACUACUGACGCUCCUUACCGAGCAAACAAGGGCUAACAUCAUUCUACCCAACCUGAUCCCGACGCUGAUCACUUCGCCCAUCUCUGCCUUCAAUGCUAGAGCCAUCGCUUCCUUGGCUGAGGUAGCCGGUUCGGCCUUGACGCGCAGAUUACCCGCGAUUCUCAACUCCUUGAUGGACAAUAUCCUCUCAACUACGGACGAGGAGCAUCGGGAAGAAUUGAACAGCGCCUUCGAUGCCGUCUUGGUAUCUGUGGAUGAAUUCGAUGGUCUGAACGUCGUGAUGAACGUCAUGAUGAGUCUUCUGAAGCACGAUGACCAUAGACGCCGCGCCAGCGCUGCGCUCCAUCUGAGCAAGUUCUUCUCCGAAGCCGAGAUCGACUACUCCAGAUACUACCAGGAUCUGAUUCGUGUCCUGCUCAUUUCCUUCGACGACAGCGACAAGGAAGUUAUCAAGGCAGCUUGGACAGCACUCAGCGGGCUCACGUCUCACAUGCGCAAGGAGGAAAUGGAAGUCCUUACUAUUCCAACGCGCCAGGCCCUACGACAAGUGGGUGUGCCUGGAGCCGAUCUGCCAGGUUUCAGCUUGCCGAAGGGUAUUACUGCCAUUCUGCCAAUCUUCUUGCAGGGUCUUCUCAACGGCAAUGUGGAACAGCGUACGCAGGCGGCUCUGGCCAUUGGCGAUAUUAUCGACCGUACCAAUGCAAACUCUCUGAAGCUUUUCGUUACUCAAAUCACUGGUCCUUUGAUCAGAGUGGUUUCUGAACGUUCAGUGGACAUCAAAUGUGCCAUCUUCUUCACACUUAACAAGCUUCUUGAGAAGAUCCCGAUGGCAGUCAAGCCAUUCCUGCCACAACUGCAACGUACAUUUGCACGGGGUCUAGCCGAUUCUACCAGCGAGACACUGCGCAACAGGGCUGCCAAGGGUCUUGGAAUCUUGAUUACCUUGACCCCAAGGGUGGAUCCUCUCAUUGCAGAAUUGAUCACGGGUACAAAGACUGAUGAUAUGGGCGUCAAGAAUGCGAUGAUGAAGGCACUACAAGAGGUCGUCGGCAAAGCUGGCGCGAAUAUGAGCGAGGCUUCGAAGAAUGCUAUCCUUGCACUCAUUGACGAUGAUGCCAGCGAUCAGACUGAUGGCGUUGCUAUUACGAAUGCCAAAUUGCUCGGUGCGCUGGUGAAGGUCCUUCCCCCGUCUACCGCCAGCCCACUGAUCAAGAACCGUGUGCUCACAAGCCAUAUGACACAUGCAUCCAUUCUGGGCCUGAACGCCUUGCUGGUUGACUCGCCGUCGUCUCUGACUGAGAACUGCGCUACCGAGACCCAAUCUAUUAUUUGUCAGGGCGUCUCGAACAAGGAUCCUUUCAUUGCCGAGAACAGCGUCCUCGCUGCCGGGAAGUUCCUUUUGAUCGAGGAUGAGAGUCGCAAUUUCGAGACAAACAAGGCCAUCUUCGAAGCACUAGCGCCCUGCAUACAGGCAGGCGUGCCUCCUGAUGUUCGCCGUCUCACUUUGGUGGUCGUGCGAACGGUGAGCCGGCUCCAUCCCGAACUGACCCGGCCUCAUCUGGCUCUUCUUGCACCACCGAUUUUCGGCUGUGUUCGUGAUGUAAUCAUUCCCGUCAAGCUCGCUGCUGAAGCUGCGUUCCUGUCACUCUUCUCUGUUGAGGAAUCUGAAAGUGCUGUUUUCGACAAGUAUAUGGCUGGACCGGGGGCGGAACUUCCCCCUGGACCUAAGCGGAGCAUGUCAGACUACUUCAAGCGAGUUGCGCUACGUCUCGCCAGCCAGGCUAGAGAACGCAAAGAUGCUGAAGGUGGACAGGGAGGACUGGGUCUGUCCAAUGACGAAGCUGAGGAUGAGAAGGAACUGUGGAGCGUCGGAAAGGUUGAUCUAGGGGAAGGCUCAUUUGCUGAUGAGUAG